AUGGAGAGAAACUUUAUAGGAGACGCGCCCAGAGAGUACACACAGGAAAGAAUCCCGGAAAUGGACAAAAAUCUGAGAUUCUACUUAAAAAAAGAGAUAAGAAACUAUACAGACAUGCACCCAGAUGAGAUAAUAGCAAAAAUAGAGGCGAUAAGCCAGGAAAACAUUCCAAACCCCAGAGAGGAGCUGCAGAACAUGCUCCAGCCAGAACUUGGGGAGAGGGCGCAGACGUUUGUAAACAGGCUGUUUGGAUACCAGAAGAGAAUGUGCCGCGACAACGGACACUGCAGGAGGCCUGGGUGCUAUUUCAAGCACACGCCGGUAGGGCUCCCCAUGAUGGAAAUCGACGAAAGGCCUGCGUUUAACCCCCGGGAAGAGCGGCAUCUAAACACGCCAAAGGCAAUUCAGGACAAGCAGCGAAGAAUAGUUGAAAUACUCAGCAAAAGAGCAGACCUGCCUGCGGAUGUGCGGUCGCUGAUAGACCAGCUGAGGCGGCUUAUAUGUCGAGGCCGCCCCAUGCACAGCGCUUCUGGAACAGAAGCCAGCACGCGUUUUAUUAUAAACAACAGACAAGAUUGGAUGACAAACGAGCACCUGCACACAUACCCCGGAGUAGUAAAUGUGUUUGAAAACGGCGUGAUUGAGUGUGCUACGCGGCAGGACGCAGAGAGAGUCUUCAAUAUAAUCUACAAAAUAGACAAAAACAGCCAGCCCAUGUGGGUUGAGUAG